AUGKCUUCAGAAGAUGAGGUGUCGAAGCAAAUUGCGGAAAUGUCGCUCAAUAGUCAGAGUAAUAGCAGUCAUUACCAUGAAGUCAGCGCAAAAGGAGCAUCCCGUCAGCACAAUGGAGAUGUUCAUGGGAAUGUCCUCGGCGACAUACAUAACAAUCCUCGAAUGGAUUUGAACAAGGCUAAUGAAAAGCUGCUUCUGGCAGCAGCGAAUGGCCACAUCGAGCGGGUGAUGUAUCUCAUCCACGACUGCAAUGCGGACAGAAAUUACAGCGAUGCAAAUGGGCUCACGGCAGUCCACUGGGCGGCGCUGAGUGGCUACGAAGACGUUCUGGAAGGACUUGUCAGGGACGGUGCCGAUGUCGAUGAGCUGAGCGUAAAGUUUGGAACUCCUCUCUGCCUGGCUGCUCUGAAGGGCCACAAACACAUAAUACAGGUUCUACUCACACGCCGGGCUUCACCACUCAUGGCGGAGAAUAGACUCGGAUCCGCGAUACACUGUGCUGCAUGGGGAGGAGAUUCUAGCGUCCUCGAGCUCAUUCUUGAGCACGCUCACAAGAUGCCCGGCAACCGCCAGACAUAUUUUGAUUUUGAACUCCCUGGUGGUAGAAUGACAGAUUUCGAGGCUGCAGAAGCUUUAGCCAAAGCCAUUGCUGGCGAGCGAGUCCGCAGCAACGAGAGUCAUGGCCAACAGUUAGGGCGCAAAGCUGUUCAGGAUGUUAAACAGACCUCACAUAGUUAUUGCACUCCGCUUUCUGUCGCUGCAUCCGGCGGAAAAGUAGACACGGUAUCCUGGCUUCUCAGCAAAGGAGCUGACCCCAACGCAGCCUCAAGCGGGAUCAGAUCGUCAACGACCUCAUCUCCUGGCCUCACGCCUUUAUCAGCAGCCGCUCAGAGCGGGUCACCGGAAGUUGUUCAGCUGCUUGUCGAUUAUGGUGCCCGCUUGCAGUGGCCGGAUGCCGAUGGGGUAAWGGCUCUYAGAGCCUUGAUGGACAGCCAUUGCGCGUUCGCUUCRGCUUCGCCCGAUCAGGACUUUGCCACUUGUGCACGUAUCAUCAUUUCCUUAGGAGCAGAUGCUAGUGCGCUCGACCAAGAUGAGCGAAGAGCUUUGACUGGCUUGGUGCCUGAUCAUGAUCUCGACACGAAUGAUAAUUCAUGGGAGCACGGCAACCAUGCAACACAACAGUCAGGAUAUGAUACCAAUGACGAAAGCAUUGAAGCUAGCCUGCAUGCUGCUGCAAAGAAGGGACGUACAGAAUUGGUCAGAGAGCUGAUCCGACGUGGAGCUGAUCUAAAUACGUGCGAUGAGGAGGGCCGCACGAUUCUUAUGCAAGCCAUCGACAACGGUCAUCUCAACACAGCCGAAGCGAUUCUUGAUGAAGCACUGGUAUAUGGUGGAGGUGAUUUUGACAUAGACGCUGGUGAUUAUCUCGGCGACACCGCCAUAUCCUUGGCCUGCGACGCAGGCAAUGUUGAUCUCGUGCGAUUACUAUUGAGCAGAGGUGCAAGUCCCAACAUCGCCUUCCUGGCUACCGAGGGACCACUCUUUAUUGCAUGCAGAUCUGGGGACGAGGAGAUAGGUCGUGUCCUACUGGAAUUUGGCGCUGAUGUCAGCGAGAGGCUUGACGAUGGCUUGCAGGAUGGUAGAACUCCAUUGCAUGAGGCAGCCGAGUACGGGGAGGAGAAAAUGGUCAAGUUACUGCUGGCGGCCGGUGCAAAUUGUAACGCACUUGACAGUGAUGGUCGUUCGCCACUCUCUUAUGCGGUUGAGUAUGGAAUGAAGGACACCGUUGCUGCGCUGGUGUCUGCCGGGGCAGACCAUUAUGCUGCAGCAGAAGACCCUGUUACCAUCAGCAGUUUCCAGCAACGCAACGCUUUGGGCUGGAUUCAAGAACAUGGUAACAUUUCCAGCAUAGCGAGUGCAGUGGCAUUUGGUGAGCUCGAAAUCCUCCAGCUGUUCCAGAAAGCUGGCUGCGAUCUUCAGCACUAUGCCCUUGGCAUGCCCAUGCUUCACCUGGCCAUCAUCUGCGGCAAAUUCGAAAUCGCUCGAUAUUUGAUCAACCAGGGAGCUGAUGUGCAUACCCGAGGAGAUCAAGGACUAAAUGCCUAUGAUCUAAUCAAAACUUCGAGUGAGAAAGACGCUGAACCCAUCAAAGACCUUCUACUGGCGGAGAUGGCAAAACGUCCGCAGCAUGGCAAUGGGGUCCCAGUCUAUCACUCCCAGCACGACAGACAACAAGCUUGGUCAGGCGGGGGAGAAGCUGAGCCUGCUUUAUUCCCAGAGAGACAUGUGCUUGGCAAGGUCGUCGUACUCCAACCGUUCUCGCCCUGGAGCACCGAACAACUCGAACUCCAGACCGGCGACCACGUCUCUUUGACAGAAGAGCUCGCAAACGAUUGGUGGAGAGGAAUUUCCAAUCGAACUGGCCUUGAGGGUAUAUUCCCAGAAUCUCACGUCGACUAUCUCGAAGCCGUCAGCGCACCUAAUCCUGGGUCUAGAUCACAAAUACCACAACAUGCGUACAGCGCUCCUUCGCCUAGCAUAACCUACUACGAGGUUUCAAGCCCGAGGACCCCCAUUGCACGGGCGAUUGUGGUGUGCCCUUAUAUCAAGACAUACCCAUCGACUCUGGAGCUUUUCACAAAUGAUGCCAUUGAUAUUGUUGAGUAUGUCGAUCACAUCUGGUGGAAAGGUCGCUCAAGCAGAUCGAAUGAAGAGGGUAUGUUUCCUUGUAGUCAUGUGCAACUUGUUGAUGCUGCAAAUGUGAGCCAAGCAGCUGCUGCUUGUGAACAUCAUCGCUGGUGA